AUGGCUCCUCUUUUGCUCUUCCCUUUUAUGCUUUCCAUCUUUUCAAUCUCCGCUCUUCAUCACUCUCUCAAUAAUAACUCUCAUCAACAAGAACAACAAUAUUUGCUCUUGCAAUUCAGAGAUACGAGUUUUAACAACCCUACUUCUCUGGCUGACUGGACUCCUGUUCACCCCCUCUGCAAUUGGACUGGCGUCACCUGUGAUCGCUCUUCUCACUCUGUCGUCGCCCUCAGUUUAUGGAGCAUGAACUUACACGGCACAAUCUCUCCUGUCAUAGGGAAUCUCUCGUCUCUUCGAUCCGUUGACCUCUCUAAUAAUUCCCUCGCUGGUACCAUUCCACCCGCUUUAUCUUCCUGCCUUGGUUUGCUUCACCUGGAUCUCUCCUUUAACCAACUACAUGGCAGCAUUCCGUCCGAGCUGAGUCUCCUCACAAAUUUGAAGAUGCUUUCCUUUGAAGGGAACAAUCUCAUAGGUACCAUUCCUCCUGAAUUGGGCAUGGCCACUCAACUACAGUAUCUUUACCUUGGGGAAAAUAAGUUAUAUGGCACCAUUCCUAGCUCUUUAGGAAACUUGUCAGCCUUGGCUGAAUUGGUAUUGAGGAAAAAUAAUCUUGCCGGUGACAUUCCUCCAGAAUUGGGCAUGGUCAGUCACCUACGAUAUCUUAGCCUUGGGUCAAAUAGGCUAUCCAGCACCAUUCCUAGUUCUUUAGGAAAUCUGUCUGCCUUGGUUACUUUAGUUUUACGACUAAAUAAUCUCACUGGUGACAUUCCUCCUGAACUGGGCAUGCUCCCUGACCUUCAGAAACUUUACCUUUGGGGAAAUAAGUUGUCUGGCAGCAUUCCUAAUUCUUUAGGAAAUCUGUCUGCCUUGGUUGAAUUAGAUUUGGGUAUAAAUAAUCUCACCGGUGCCAUUCCGUCCACUCUUUCCGGUUGCCGUGGUUUGUAUGACCUGCGUCUCUCCUUUAACCAACUGCACGGCAGCAUUCCGCACGAGCUGAGUCUCCUCACAAGUUUGAAGAUCCUUUACUUGGGAUUAAACAAUCUCACCGGCCCCAUUCCCCAUUCUUUCAGAAAUCUAUCCGCCUUAGUUGAAUUGGAAUUGGCUAAAAAUGAUCUCAGUGGUAUGAUUCCUCCUGAAUUGUGCAUGUUCCCUCAUCUUCGGUCUUUUAAUCUUCGGAGAAAUAAGUUAUCUGGCACCAUUCCUAGUUCUUUAGGAAAUCUGUCUGCCAUGACUGAAUUAGAUUUGGCAGAAAAUAAUCUCCAAGGCUCCAUUCCUCCUGAACUGAGCAGACUUGUUGACCUUCAGGCUCUUUACCUUUCGAAAAAUAUGUUAUCGGGCACCAUUCCUAAUUCUGUAGGAAAUCUGUCUGUCUUGAGAAAUUUAAGCUUGUCAGAAAACCGUCUGCAAGGUUCCAUUCCUCUUGAAUUGGGCAUGCUCACUAACCUAGAGUUUCUUUACCUUGACAAAAAUAGGUUAUCGGGUACCAUUCCCUGA